AUGGAUAAGUUAGGCCUUUCAGGUAGAUUACCGUCAUUCGGUAGAGCUAGUCACUCGCCACCAGACAAGAAAUACGUCGACAUGCCCCCGCGGAAUAUGAAAAUCGCCAACUGUCCAAACAAUGCGUUGGCGUUGGCCAAUGUUGCUGCUGUGUCACCAUCAGACUUUCCCGACAACAUCUACAUUGCUGUGGAUGAGUUCUUUGUCUUCACGACGCAGCAUUCGAGCAGCGUGGAGCCGGGUACCAUUGGCUUCAAUGGCAAUCAGCGGACGUGGGGAGGCUGGUCACUGAAUCAAGAAGUGCGGGUGCGGCCGUUUGACCUUUUCCGGCAGAGCGGGAAGCAGGCAUAUUUGGGCGCGCUGGACCUGGAGAUAUCGUUCCGGAACCGGUCCAAGGCAGUGGACACCCAGUUUGACCAGGAUGAGCUCGCGAAGCACUUUUUGAAAACGUUCGACUCGCAGGUGUUUUCAGCCACACAAUAUCUUGUCUUUGAGUUUAAGGGGCACAUAUUUGACUUGCGCGUGCGCAGUCUACAGACUAUCGAUUUGGGAGAUGUUGAGGUGAUUAGCCCCGUGGCAAAUGGCAUAGAGGCAAAGGGGAUUCUCGUGAAGCAGACUCAGGUGAAUUAUUACAAAGGGCGGGAUGGACUAGUGAACUUGAAGUCUUCGAAUUCACUUCGCCCUCGGUCCGACGCAGUCAUCCGGCCCGACUUCAAGUUUGAAGACCUGGGCGUCGGCGGUCUCGAUCGUGAGUUUACCAAGAUUUUCAGACGUGCGUUUGCGAGCAGAAUCUUCCCACCUGCCGUUAUUGAAAAGCUCGGUAUCUCCCAUGUCAAGGGUCUUCUGCUCUAUGGGCCUCCAGGUACCGGUAAGACUUUAAUUGCACGGAAAAUUGGGACUAUGCUAAACGCGCGCGAACCGAAGAUUGUCAAUGGGCCGGAAAUAUUGAGCAAGUAUGUUGGUUCCUCUGAGGAAAACAUCCGUAACCUGUUCAAAGAUGCGGAGGCAGAGUAUAAGUCCAAGGGAGAGGAAUCAUCUUUACAUAUCAUUAUCUUUGACGAAUUGGACUCUGUGUUCAAGCAAAGAGGAUCCCGCGGAGACGGGACUGGGGUAGGCGACAACGUGGUUAACCAGCUGCUCGCGAAGAUGGACGGUGUAGACCAGCUGAACAACAUUUUGGUGAUUGGUAUGACAAACCGUAGAGACUUGAUUGACAACGCAUUGCUACGCCCGGGCAGGUUUGAAGUUCAGGUUGAAAUUCAACUUCCAGACGAGCCUGGACGGCUACAGAUUUUUGAAAUACAGACCAAGAAAAUGCGUGAGAACGGUAUGCUUGCAACGGAUGUUGACCUCAAGGAGCUUGCAGCCCUGACGAAGAACUUCUCAGGUGCCGAGAUUGAGGGUCUUGUCAAAAGUGCGAGUUCCUUUGCGAUUAACAAGACCGUUAACAUUGGUGAAGGCAAGACACGCAUGAACGAUAAAGAAAUAGCACGUAUGAAAGUCACACGGGAAGACUUUCUUAAUGCGCUAAGUGAAGUGACUCCAGCGUUUGGGAUCAGUGAAGAAGACUUGAAGACGUGCGUUGAAGGUGGGGUCAUCCACUAUUCUCCGCGCGUAGAGCAGAUUCUGAAGCACGGCUCCAGAUAUGUCCGGCAGGUGAAAGACAGCGAGCGCUCCAGGCUGGUAUCUUUGCUCGUUCAUGGCCCCGCUGGCUCUGGUAAAACCGCGCUAGCUGCAGCCAUCGCGCUGAAGUCGGGCUUUCCCUUUAUCAGGAUGAUCUCCCCAGUGGAGAUCGCCGGUAUGUCCGAGGCUGCCAAGAUUGCCUACAUCGACAAUACGUUCCGCGAUGCCUACAAGUCUCCGUUGAAUAUUCUUGUGGUUGACUCGCUUGAGACCCUGGUUGACUGGGUCCCAAUUGGUCCACGCUUUUCGAACAGCAUUCUUCAGGUCCUUAAGGUAUAUCUCAAGCGUAAGCCGCCAAGCGGUCGGAGGCUGUUGAUUAUCUCUACAACUUCGACUUAUUCCGUGUUGCAACAGAUGGAUAUCCUCAGCUGUUUUGACAAUGAAAUUGCCGUCCCAAACAUCUCUUCUAUAGACGAGUUCAACAACGUUAUGAUUGAGACCAACUUCCUGGACGAUGCAGGCAGGGUCCAGGUUAUUAACCAGCUUGCCAAUGUCUCGCCAAAACUCAACAUAGGCAUCAAACGUGCCCUAACCAACAUUGAGACGGCAAGACACGAUGAAGAUCCUGCCAAUGAGAUUGUUGAACUGAUGGCCCAGGCAGUUUAA